AGUAGAAGGAUUAAGCUUGUCUUGUCUUCAACAUCAAAGUGAAGUGAAAAAAUGGAUGGAGGAUUGAUGAGAGUUCAGAGAAUAGCAGAAGAAGGAGAUAAGAUCCCUCUGCAAUACAUUCAGCCCCUUGAGAAUCGGCCCGUCAUCGAGAAAGAUGGCGGUGUCAAUUUGAUUCCAGAGGUAGAUUUGUUUUGUUUCGACGCAGAGCACAGAGAUUCGGCGAGGGAAGCCGUAGGGGAGGCUUGCAGGGAAUGGGGGGUGUUCCACGUCAGCAACCAUGGGGUACCCGUCGAAUUAAUAGACCAGAUUAGGAGUGCUGGUUUUUCCUUCUUCAAGGAUUGCCCUUUUCAAGAAAAGCUCCAGUACGCUUGCGAUCCGAAUUCAGCUGCUUCGCAAGGAUAUGGAAGCAAAAUGCUGCUGCCCCAAGGCGAGGGAAAUGUGCUGGACUGGAGGGAUUACUUCGAUCAUCACACGCUCCCUCUUUCUCGCCGUGACCCUUCUCGCUGGCCUCAAUCCCCACUCUAUUACAGAGAAGCUGUAGAGAAGUACGGCGAUGAGAUGAAGGUGCUUGCUCAGAAGCUACUUGCUCUCAUCUCAGAGAGCCUUGGGUUGCCGUCCUCCCGCAUUGAGGAUGCAAUUGGCGGCGAAUUUUAUCAGAAUAUUACCAUAAGCUUUUACCCUCCGUGCCCUCACCCUGAACUUACUCUUGGUCUCCAGUCCCAUUCCGACAUGGGCGCCAUCACUCUUCUGAUUCAAGACCAAGUUCCUGGUCUUCAGGUCUUCAAAGACUCCCAAUGGUUCACCGUCCAACCUUUCCCUUAUGCUAUCCUCGUCAUUUUGUCUGAUCAAAUUGAGAUUAUAAGCAAUGGGAAGUAUAGGAGUGCUGAACAUCGAGCUAUAACUAAUUCGAGCAGCGCACGACUGUCUGUUGCGACAUUCCAUGAUCCAGCCAAGACUGCCAAUAUAUCCCCAGCAUUGGAGCUUGUCCGCGAUUCAUCUCCUCUUAAAUAUCGUGAGGUCAAUUAUGGAGAAUAUGUGUCCUCAUGGUAUGGUAAAGGUCCCGAAGGAAAAAGAAACCUCGACGCCCUUUGUAUUAUUAAAACCUAGAUUACAAUCCCAAUGAAAUAAAUGAUUUUAGAGUCCAACUAGCUGAAUUUUGUGGAAACACAUAAUCCUUUCAUUUGUCGAUAUAAAUUCUUU